AUGAGCGGCCUGGCGGAAAAGUACGAGGUGGAGGAAGCUUUCGGCAUCAAAAUGCCCGAGGGUGACUACAACUCCAUUGGCGGUUUCAUGUGCACAAAAAUUGAUCGCAUCCCAUUGAUCGGUGAAGCCUGCAUCGUAGAGACAGCCGCAGAGCGGAUCCGCUUUGAGAUUGCGAAAGUGGACGAACGACGAGUGCUGCAAGUUGAAGCCUUCCGGACAGGAAAAGAGGGUAAGCAGCCUGUAGAAGGAGAUGAAGAUCGAGAUGAGGAGCUGGAAAAGCGCCAAGUGAUUUUCUCAGAGGUGGACGUUUUGGACGCUCACAGUCACGAUGCGAAGGAGAGCGCAGAGAUAGAGGGCGCAGAAGCUGGUGCAAGUGUGGGUGAAGUUGAAAAUCCUAGUGACAUUCCGUCUGGAGUUAGCAUAAUAGAAGGAAGUGAAUUGCGACUUCCUGUAAGUCCAACAGAGGCAAAGCCUGAAUCGACGAGUCAAGGCCUUGAGCGCCUUGAGCAAGCGAAAACUGAAGGCUUGCAAGGUGAUGUGAAGGAAAGCUUGCCAGAUGAAAAGAAGUCUGAAGAAACCAAAGAAGUGUUGGACGUGUCGUCCAAAAGAUCGAGGGCAGAGCCAGAAAAGAAAG